AUGGGCACAACGCAAGAGCCGUAUAAGUGCAACGAGAAAACUGCCGAUGCGACGAAUGAGACGCUACAGGAUGCCAGUGUUGGUGAAUAUACUGACUACCAGGCGUCCCCUGAAGUGGAACGUCGACUUCUCUGGAAGCUGGAUCUAUUUAUGAUCCCAACGAUGGGAAUUUGCUACAUGCUACAAUAUAUGGAUAAACUUGCGCUCAGCCAGGCAACUCUUCUGAAUAUACGAAGCGAUCUCGUAAGUGACAUCGAAAAACACGUCUUGUCCGGCCACCAACCAUUUUCACAUGCAGCACCUGGUUGGCCAGGAAUAUACUUGGUGCUCUGCGAUCUUUUAUUUUGGUUAUCUCGCGUGGAGUGGACCCACGUCGUAUUUGAUCAUUCGCCUUCCCUGGGCAAAUACCUGGCUGUUUCUGUGUUUUUAUGGGGUGGAAUCCUGAUGUGCCAUGCAGCCUGUCAGAACUAUGCGGGCCUCGUGACUGUUCGAUUUUUUCUUGGUGUCGGUGAAGCUGCUGUUGCGCCAGGGUUUGGCCUGAUUACUGGAAUGUUCUACAAGAGAGAGGAGCAGCCUGCUCGCCAAGCAGCAUGGUUUAUUGGUAACUGUGUUGCUAACAUAAUUGGUGGUAUCGUUGCGUGGGGCAUUGGGAAUUCUGCAUCAGCAAUCCAAAGCUGGCGCCUGUUGUUCCUGGUACUAGGCGGAAUCACUUCUGGCUACGCCAUCAUUCUCUUCUUCAUUCUUCCCGAUUCUCCCGCGAAAGCUUCUUUCCUUACUGAGUCUGAGCGACGAAUUGCUGUGCAGCGAACAUUAAAAAACAAGACAGGCACUACACAAGUGACAGAAGCAUUCAAAUGGAGUCAAGUUUCUGCUGCUGCGAAGGACCCACAAGCCUGGUGUUUAGUCCUUUACACUUUCUGCUUCUCCGCAAUCAUUAUCGCAGGCUUUGGCUACUCAAACUUCGAGUCCCUCCUGCUUCAGAUGCCUAUGGGCCUUUCCCAGCUAGUAUUUCUUUUUAUCACCGCCGCCAUAGCUACAUACAUCCCAUCAUCACGGAUCAUGGCCAUGAUUCUGAACGUCGUGGUCGCCGUUAUCGGUGUUGUUUUGAUUUAUACCCUCGAUGACUUGCACAAAAUUGUCAAGCUAGUCGGCUUAGCUUUUGUUGCCGCAUUCGCUGCUAACAUCCCGCUUUGUCUGAGUAUUGUUACCUCUAACGUUGCUGGAUCUACAAAGAGAAGCACUGUCAGUGUUGCUAUCUUUGCUGCAUAUUGCGUGGGAAAUAUUGUGGGGCCUCAAUUCUUUUACGCUUCGCAGGAACCAGUCUACUUGAGCGGCAUCCAGGCAUCCCUGUGUGGUUUAACACUGGGUGUGCUCUGCUUAGGCUGUUUGUUUACUUACUAUGCCUGGGAGAACAAAAGAAGGGAUCGACGGAAUGGGAUAGUAUCUGAUGGUUCUGAUGCCCAAGAUAUUGUGGAGGAGAUGCAGAACAGGACAGACAAGGAGAUACUAACUUUCCGGUACACGCUAUAA